AACACUCAGGACCCCGUGUAUGAGACGUCAUUGUUAUUGCCUGCUAGUUGGCUAGCAAAACAGAACGGGGACGUUUUAUAUUCCAUUUUUGGAAAAAUGAAAUGACUUACCGUCGGUUAUAUUGUUCACUUUUAUGAACCAACCAGCUGGCUAGCUAGGUGUUGUGUUUGUGAUUGAAGAUGAGCUGCGCCAUACUUAUCCUGCGGCUGCACCGUGGCGACCAUGUCAGAGCCCUGCGACCCCCCUGCUACCUCUCCCUCCGCCAGCUCAGUCAUGCUCCCCCUGUGAGGUGUAACUUACAGGAGAGCUACCGUCUGCUGCAGCUGCCCGAGGAUGCAGUGGCCAGUCAUGCCCAGGUGAAGGAGGCCUACCUCCGCAUGGCCAAACUGUACCACCCCGACUCUGGGGUGCCCACGGCGGAUGCCGCCCUUUUCUCCCAGAUCGAGGAGGCCUAUCGCACUGUGCUGGCACAUAUAACAAGGCGGCAGGCAGCCUGGCAGCAGUCGGAAGCAGAGGAGGAAGAGGAGGAUAGGCUGAAGACACAGUCGCCCCAGCAUAGGCAUUACCUCAGCUAUGAGGGCAUUGGUUUGGGCACACCCAGCCAGCGAGAGCGUCAGUACCGCCAGUUCCGUGUAGAUCGGGCCACAGAGCAGGUGCUGGAGUACCGGAGGCGGGACCUAGAGAGGGUGGCCGCUGCAGAAGAGGGCAGCAUGGUGUCACGGGACGUACACAGGCGGAGCCGGAAGGUUAAGAUCACGCAAGCAGUGGACCGGCUAGUGGAAGACCUCAUCCAGGAGUCGAUGGCCCGGGGUGACUUCCACAACCUGCCAGGUUCCGGAAAGCCCCUCAACAAGUUCAAUGAGAAUCCAUAUGCCGACCCUAUGACACACAACCUCAAUCGCAUCCUCAUCGACAAUGGCUACCAGCCGCAGUGGAUCGUGGCUCAGAAGGAGAUCCGAGAGACGGCGGAUAAGCUGCGGGCAGGGCUGCUAGGGACCCGGGCGAAGCUGGGGGACCCCUUGACCCCAGCAGAGGAACUGGAGUGGAGACAGUGCUGCCAGACUUUCAGUGAGGAUUUCGACAGGCUCAACAAGCAGGUGGAUAAUUUCAACUUGAUCGUGCCUCUGCUCAGCAGACAAAUGGUCCACUUCAAUCUGCAGCGUGAGGUGGACCGGGUCCAAAGGGCUGACCAAGAGGGAAGACUGGAGAGGGAGAGGGAAAAGGAGAGGGAGAGACUGGCAGAGGUGGAGAAAAGGAACUCGACAGAGACAGCUAAUCAUGGACUGUUCUCUUGGGUAAAAAAUCUCCUCCAAUAACAUUUCUGUUCACAUGCACUGCACAUGGACUGUGCUGGAGGGUCACGCAGUCUGGACAUUUCUGUACUGUAAAUAAGCGUUCACUGGGCUUUUUCCAAAAUCUGAUCAAUACUGUGAUCUUUUUGGGACUCAAGUUCAGCAUUAUGUCUGUCCUUACAAGUAGACAUCAUUUGCUCUCAUCUUUGCAUGUGAUCUGCAAAUAUUCAUUUUAAUUAUAAUGUCUGAACUUCCAUUGGCUGUCCCAUUUUAUGACUGCUAAUUAAAAGAUCUGACUGUGUUCUUUUAUGAGUUUUUGACUGCUGGCUGGUGUAGACCGUAUGGGACCCCCUUAACCGUUCCUGGUAGUUUCCCAGAAUCAAUCUAUCCAGGAAUUAUUAGUACUGAUCUGAAGCCAUGUCUUAUGGUGAAUUGCGCGUAAUUUUACGUCUGCAAAAAAUACCUGCUAGAUAUUUGUACCAGUCAAAAUGUCACAAUUACCAUGGUAAAUAAAAAACAUUGCGGUAACAGCU